CACACACUUCCACUUCCAGAAAAAACCGUCGACCAAACGGGGCCUCAACAAAGACACGCUGUGAACAUAACGCUCUCCCUCUCUUCGUUUUCCUGCUCUCCAAGGAAUCAGGAAGAACACAAAAAUCCCGAAAAAAUGCAAUCUUUCCUUAAUUAACUCCGAAAGCCCAUUAUUUUUUGAGCACCAAACAUCUCUUUAAUCUAUAUUUUUUUUCUUCUUUUUUGAGAUGAUGGGGUCAGGGAUAACACGAAAUCAAUGGGAAAUAAACAAUGAUAGCAAGGGGCAUGAUUUAUCAUCGAUGAUGGUUCUUCAUGGCAGUCAUGACCACGGUGGAUUGGCUGAGAGAGGAUUCUGUGAUGCACAGGUGCAACGACAAUCGAAUGGAGCAGCAGCAGCUGCAACAACAGCAACAGAUUGGAAUUUAGGGAUUGGAGAAAGAGUUUUGUCUGCUGCUGGUGCUGCUUUUCUGUCUGCUAUCAUUGUUAACCCUCUUGAUGUUGUCAAGACGAGGUUGCAAGCACAGGCAGCUGGAGUUGCGUACUCACACCCGCUAAGUAACAUUAUAAGUCGAAUGGCAUAUUUUGGGCCAACCAUGAUGUUUGCUGAUCUUAGGUGUUCGCCAUCAUGUACACGUGCUGGGAUUCAUGGAACAGUGUUGAUUUGUCCUCCAGAUUGUUUUCAGUAUAAGGGAACUCUUGAUGUUUUCUACAAAAUCAUUCGACAGUGGAAAAAUUUGCAUCUCAGAUGCAAUUCAUACAAGUUUGUCAUCGUGUUUGGUGAGGCAGUUGCAGUUUUCUAUGGCUUAAAGCACUAUCAGUUGUGUAAUUGGAGGAUGAAUUUGCAGGAAGGAUUUGCGAGGCUGUGGAGAGGUACAAAUGCUGGUCUGGCCUUGGCUGUGCCAACAGUUGGGAUCUACCUACCAUGCUAUGAUUUAUUUCGUAAUUGGCUGGAGGAUCUAACUGCCCAAAAUAUUCCUGGUGCCACACCUUAUGUGCCUUUGGUAGCAGGCUCAUUGGCACGUUCGUUAGCUUGUGCAACUUGCUAUCCUAUCGAACUUGCUAGAACCCGCAUGCAGGCAUUUAAGGCAACUCAAACUGGUAAACCUCCCGGAGUUUGGAAAACACUACUCGAGGUCCUCUCCCAUGUCAGAAGUACAAACAAUGUUCAAAACACAAGAGGCUACCGCUUCUUGUGGACAGGCAUGGGAGCACAACUUGCUCGUGAUGUUCCGUACUCAGCAAUUUGUUGGUCAACCCUUGAGCCAAUCAGGAGAAGGCUCCUAAGUUUGGUUGGCGAGGAAUCCAAUGGUUUGAGUGUCUUUGGAGCGAACUUUUCUGCUUCUUUUGUUGCAGGAAGUCUUGCUGCCGCUGCUACAUGCCCUCUAGAUGUUGCGAAAACCCGCAGGCAGAUAGAGAAGGAUCCUGUCAGAGCAUUGAGGAUGACUACCCGGCAAACAUUGAUGGAGGUUUGGAGGGAUGGAGGGAUAAGGGCACUGUUCACAGGUGUUGGUCCUCGUGUUGGUCGUGCCGGGCCAUCUGUUGGGAUUGUAGUUUCAUUUUAUGAAGUUGUGAAGUAUGCUCUACAUCACCGAUAUGCGACUUCAGAAUAAAUGGGGAUUGAUGUCCUCACAAGUUUUUUGGUUCUUGCGGGAGCAAUGUUUGGUGACGGCAUGGGAACAACACUUGACGUUGGAAAAACAGCCAGUAGUAGCUUAUGUGAAUAAUAUACAAGCAGAGAAGAAAUGCAGUUUAAUCAUGUUUUAGGUGCUUUUCUCGAGGCCUGGAAGAGGAGGAUUGAAUCUUUCUUUUGAUCAUCCAAUUUUGUCCAUAGCGUCUACUGCUCCAAAGAAGGAGAAAUUUUGAUACUUUGGGAAAUUCUCUCCCAGCAAAUUUUUUUUCUGAGUUGAACUCAGUUUACAAACUCUCUUCCAUACCUUCUUCCAUCUGUUUCUUACAUUUCCAGUUAGAUCACUAAAUAUACAAUCGUUGAGAAUUAUGAAGUGUGAACGGGAAGAACUCAGGAAUUUGAAAGAAUGUUCAUAUAUCGAACACAAAUGGUUAUGGCUUAUGAACUA